AUGUCGCCCUUGACGGUCAACCCAUUGAAGCAGGAUACGCUCAGCCACGUUAAGUGCAUCCUGAUCUGUCUUGUAGUGACCCUGGGCAGUCUGCAGUAUGGACUUGACUAUGCCUUGGUGGGCGGCUUUCUCUCCAUGCCGGGAUUCUUGAAGGUGUUCGGCUACUAUGAUGAGGCAAAAGCUACGUGGGCGAUCAAUCCUACCGUACAACAACUCAUCUCCUCAUUGAUGACCAUUGGCACCUUUGUCGGCUCACUGCUCGUGGGACCGCUGAGCUGGAAAUUCGGCCGCCGUGUUGGUCUCUGGAGUGCAUCUCUUCUGUGCUACAUUUCGACCGCGAUCAUGCUGGGCAGUUCUAGUGUCGGGGCGCUCUACUUUGCGCGUUUACUUCUCGGUGUUUCCGUGGGCUGGUUCAUGACAUUUGCCCAACUCUACGUCUACGAGACUUCCCCAGCCCACUUGCGUGCCAUAUCCCUUGGUUGCUACCAGGUCACUCUGUCGAUUGGCUCCAUCAUCGGAUCCGCGAUUGACAAGGGCACGUCCACCAUGGAAAGCCGCAGGGCCUACCAGAUCCCAUUGGCAAUCUUCUUCGUUGUGCCCACUGUUCUCUCCAUCUGCCUCUUCUUCUUCCCCGAAUCCCCUCGAUGGCUCACCGUGCAAGGCCGGACCCAAGACGCACGCAAGGCGCUUUCUCGACUUCGAAACUCCAACAUUGACCCGGCACAGUUGCAGGCCGAGCUCGCCACCAUCGAGAAGUCGACGGAAGAGCAACUGAACACCAAGGGCAAGCCCGCCUGGAUCGAAAUGUGGCGCGGCACCAAUCUCCGGCGCACGCUGCUGUCGAUUGCAGUGGUGUGUUUUCACAGCGGCAAUGGCUCGAGCUGGAUUAACAUCUAUACGACAUACUACUUCACCAUUGCCGGGGUGAAAGACGCCUUUAGUUACUCGAUCCUCGUCAGCUGUCUCGGCUUCCUGGGCGUGUUGACCUCCGUCUGUUUCAUCAGGUACGUCGAUCGCCGCCAGGUGCUGUUCUGGGGCUGUUUGGCCUGUGGUCUUUGCCAGCUCGUACCGGCCAUCACCUGGUCCGUCAACCCCGGCUCAAUCAACUCCGGCAAAGUUGUCGUUGCAUUCAUCGCCCUUUUCACUUUCUUUUAUACCAUGUAUGCCCCUUACGCCUGGCUUCUUGGUGGAGAGUGCCCGAACAACGCGCUGCGGCCGUUCACUUUUGGUGUCGCCACCGCAGCAAACUUCCUUUUCAACUGGCUGGGCACUUUUACUGCUCCGUACUUCAUCAACCCAGCUGAGCUCAACUGGUCAGCCAAGUACGGUUAUAUCUGGUUCGGCUCGAACAUGAUCAUCGCCGCCUUUGUUUUCUUCUUUGUGCCCGAGACUCGGGACCGCACUCUGGAGGAGAUCCAUGAGAUGUUUGAAGCUCGAGUGCCGGCGCGCGAGUUCAAAAACUAUGUAUGUGAAAAGACCGGCGCGUUUGCGGCCGAGGGCAUGGGCCAGGCUGGUUCCUUGCAUGAUGAUGACAGCCGUAGUCCGAGUGACGGACAAGAGGUCAACAUUGAAAGUAAGGCAUAG